CUAAGUGUUGUGGAUCAAGAAAAAGUUGACAAAUUUAUGAUCGAGCUGGAUGGGACUGAAAAUAAGUCCAAGUUUGGGGCCAAUGCCAUCCUGGGCAUAUCGCUGGCUGUGUGCAAGGCCGGCGCGGCCGAGAAGGGGGUCCCGCUCUACCGGCACAUCGCAGACCUCGCCGGGAACCCGGACUUGGUCCUCCCCGUUCCUGCCUUCAAUGUGAUCAACGGGGGCUCCCACGCCGGGAACAAGCUGGCCAUGCAGGAGUUCAUGAUCCUGCCCGUGGGAGCCAGCUCCUUCAAGGAGGCCAUGCGCAUUGGCGCCGAGGUCUACCACCACCUCAAGGGGGUCAUCAAGGCCAAGUACGGGAAGGAUGCCACCAACGUGGGCGACGAGGGCGGCUUCGCACCCAACAUCCUGGAGAAUAACGAAGCCCUGGAGCUGCUGAAGACGGCCAUCCAGGCAGCUGGCUACCCAGACAAGGUGGUGAUAGGCAUGGACGUGGCGGCGUCGGAGUUCUACCGCAACGGGAAGUACGAUCUCGACUUCAAGUCUCCCGAUGACCCCGCGCGGCACAUCACGGGGGAGAAGCUGGGGGAGCUGUACAAGAAUUUCAUCAAGAACUACCCUGUGGUCUCCAUUGAGGACCCCUUUGACCAGGAUGACUGGGCCACCUGGACCUCAUUCCUCUCGGGGGUUAACAUCCAGAUCGUGGGGGAUGACCUCACGGUCACCAACCCCAAGAGGAUCGCCCAGGCUGUUGAGAAGAAGGCCUGCAACUGCCUGCUGCUGAAGGUCAACCAGAUUGGCUCCGUGACCGAGUCCAUCCAGGCCUGCAAACUGGCCCAGUCCAACGGCUGGGGGGUGAUGGUGAGCCACCGCUCCGGGGAGACCGAGGACACGUUCAUCGCUGACCUCGUGGUGGGGCUCUGCACGGGACAGAUCAAGACCGGUGCCCCCUGCCGCUCAGAGCGCCUGGCCAAGUACAACCAGCUCAUGAGGAUCGAGGAGGCCCUUGGGAACAAGGCCGUCUUUGCCGGACGCAAGUUCCGUAACCCGAAGGCCAAGUGAGAAGCUGGAGGCUCUGAGACCCCACAAGACACCAUGGGACAGACCUAGGCCCGCAAGCCCCUCCCUGGGAAAUAAACGCUGGUGCC